CAAGAAAAAGAAAAAUAAAGAAAGAAAAAGAAAAGCUAAGCAUCAAAAUCACCCGCCAAGUUUUCCAUAUUUAUUUAGUUCCUUCUCCAAAUCCUUCCAUCCCCUUGCAAAUGGAGUUGCCAAGAUUCACCCGUCCAAACCAACAUAAUGGAUCUUCUUCUAGCCCUAUUCUCUACGUUGCAAACUGUGGACCGGCCGUCGGAAUCAGCCACCCCACAAUCGCCGCGGUUUUUGCCCAUUUUGGCCAUGUGAAAGGUGUUCACGCCGCCGACGAUACGGGCGCUCGUGUCAUCGUAUGUUUCUCCGAAGAAUCCAGCGCCCAAGCCGCUCUUGAGACGCUUCACGGCCGCCCUUGCCCUCUCCUUGGAGGCCGGACUUUGCACAUACGUUAUUCGAUCAUCAGACCGUCGAUUUCGCAACCUAAUGAUUCUGUUUCAGUUUCUGUGUCGGCUUCAGAGCUGGACAUUCCCGGACUUUUCUUAUUGCACGAUUUCGUCAAUGCUAAAGAAGAGGAGGAUUUGCUUAGGGAAGUUGAUGCUCGACCUUGGAAUAAUCUGGCGAAACGUAGAGUUCAGCAUUAUGGGUAUGAGUUUUGUUAUCAGACGAGGAAUGUUAAUACUAAACAUCAGUUAGGGGAACUUCCACCAUUUGUUUCCCAUGUAGUUGAUAGGAUCUCCUUGUUUCCAAACACCGAGGAUGUUGCAGAUGCAUCUCUUGACCAAUUGACGGUUAAUGAAUACCCACCUGGGGUGGGUUUGUCCCCUCAUAUAGACACCCAUUCUGCAUUUGAAGGAUUAAUUUUCAGCCUUUCCUUAGCAGGGCCAUGCAUUAUGGAGUUUAGGAGAUAUCCUGAAGGCGCUUGGCACAAAUUCCCUUUAAGUAUAGAUUUGAAAAUGGAGAAUUCUGUAAACGACUCAAAUUAUCUGAGGAAAGCCAUUUACCUCCCGCCCCGGUCUAUGCUCCUACUGUCUGGUGAGGCACGCUAUGCUUGGCAUCAUUACAUUCCUCACCACAAGAUUGACAUGGUAAAGGACAGUUCUAUCAGAAGGGCUCCUAGGAGAGUUUCUUUUACAUUUCGCAAGGUGAGAACUGAUCCUUGCCAAUGCAAAUUUCCCCAUUAUUGCGAUUCUCAGAGAUAAAUGAAAGGGCUCAAUUCUUAUUGAAGAACAGGCUGAGUUUUCUUUUUCUCCUCAUUCAUCCAUCUUUUUACAUAUGGUGCUUUAAAGUAGAUUUUUUUACAUGUUUUUACUUGGUUGUACUUACAGUUUAUAUUAUAGGGGGAUUUUUCUAUACUUCUCACAUUUAUUGUUUAAAUAUUUUACCCCCUUAUGCUCUAAUUAUGGAUGCAACAACAGCAUUUUAUUGAACUCCAUUAAUUACAGGAAAUAAAACUGGGGAUGAGGAAACGUUAUAGAGGUUAAAAUUCA